AUUCUUAUUGCUACUAAUAACGAAAUUAUCUUUUCUUUUUGGCAUGAAUGUGCUGGGCUUUCACCGAUCCAAACCUCAGUUUUAUCCAAUGAGCAAGGCCCAUCGUUGAAAUCACAAUGGGUUUUAUAA